AUGGCUUCAGGAUACGGAUUGGCUGGCGGACCCUCCCGCUGCUUCCCCUUCUGGCAAGAAGUCCUCGCCUGCUACGUCACAAACACCAGCGCCGAAGACGACUCGGGCAAGCGGAAAUGCCAGCCCGUCCUCGAGGACUACUACGAGUGUCUGCACCACAAGAAAGAGGCCGCGCGCACCCUCGCCCUCCAGGCCGCCUACCGCAAAGCCGAAGCAAACAUCAAGCGCGACGACGCGCCCUCGGCGGGCGAAAUACGGCGACUGGGCGUGCUGGAUGCGCCGCUCGAGGAGAAGAAUCUCAAGGCGAGCAAGUGGUUCCCACACAAGGAGAUCAACUAG